GGAAGCCCGGAUGGAAAAGUCUGGAAAGGCGAAGCGGGUAAACUGAAACAGCAACCGGGGGACAAUGGCGGCGGGGCCUGGUGUUUCCAUGCAGAGCGGGAGCCCUGCAAGAGAACUUACUCUCUCGGUUCAGCAAGGAGGGAAUCAGACUCAUGGAGAUCGACUCAAACCCGAGGAGGUUACAGAGGCAGAGAGGCAGAGUCGCAUGGCUGCCUUGCUGGAGAGGCUUCAUGCCAAACACAAUGCGUCACGGCCCUGGCAGGAGACCUCCAAAGUUGUGCGUCAGGCCAUGGAGAAACGGGGCGUGAUGAACGCAGCAGGUCACCAGCUCCUGCUCACCUGCCUAGAGACCCUGCAGAGAGCGCUGAAAGUCUCAUCUCUGCCCUCCAUGACGGAUCGUCUAGAAUCCAUCGCUCGGCAAAACAUGCUUGGCUCACACCUCAGCCCAUCAGGAACAGAGUGUUACAUCACAUCAGACAUGUUUUAUGUGGAGGUGCAGCUGGACACCGUUGGGCAGCUCGUGGACGUAAAGGUUGCUCAUCAGGGAGAAAACCCUACGAGUUGUCCUGAGUUGAUUCAACAUUUGAGGGAGAAGAACUUUGAAGAGUUUUCCAAGCAUCUGAAAGGACUGGUUGAACUGUACAAGCUCCCUGGAGACAAUAAGCUGAAAACCAAGAUGUAUAUUGCACUGCAGUCUUUGGAGCUUGAUCUGACCAAGAUGAUGCACAUGUUUAGGUUAGCAACCAAUGCUAACACAGUAGAGACUGUCCUUCAUGGCAGUGUGGGCUUGCUGACAGCUAGAAGUGGCGGUCAUCUUGUUACCCUUCAGUGUUACGUAUCCCCUUAUGACGUAUUUGAGGACGGCAUUGGCACACAGCUCAACCUCACAGACAACAUUCCACGCUCUCUGGGUGUCAGCGUUUCAGUGACAAUUGAGGGAACCUCUGCGGUGUACAAGCUCCCAAUUGCUCCUCUCAUAACUGGAUCCCACCCUGUGGACAACAAAGGGACACCAUCUUUCUCCAAUGUGACCAACUCAAACUGUGUGGAUCUGCCGGCUUGUUUUUUCCUCAAGAUGAACCGGCCAAUGCCUUUCUCACUGUCCUUCAUUCAGAGAUUGGGCAAUGCUACAUCCAUCCCAGUGUUUGAGAGUCCCCCCAGCCUCUCACCGCUCUACCAGUUGAUUGUUCAGAGCCAGCGACAGCUCCUUGAAGAGGGCAGCUCAACACCACCGCCAUCACACAACAUGCACUUCUAUUCUGUAUUGCCUGAUCAGCAGCACUGUUAUUUUCUGAAUGGUGAUGCACCAGUCCAAGACGGUCAUUCUCUCCAAGGAGCACUGGUUUCCAAGAUCCCCUUUCGUCACCCAGCACAAGUGCCAACCCUGUUGGAUAUCAUUCGGCACCAGGCAGCUUAUAACAACUUGAUUGGCAGCUGUGUGAAACGAACUUCCCUCAAAGAAGAUACUGCAGGCCUUCUGCAGUUUGAAGUGUGUCCUUUGACCGACUCAAGUUUCAGCGUUUCUUUCCAGCAUCCGGUCAAUGAGUCAUUAGUCUGUGUGGUAAUGGAGGUGAUUGACUCCAGACAAGUAUCCUGCAAACUAUACAAAGGACUGUCAGAUGCUUUGAUCUGCACUGAUGAGUUCAUAACCAAAGUGGUUCAGAGAUGCAUGUCCAUCCCUGUAACCAUGCGGGCAAUUCGGAGGAAAGCAGAGACGAUUCAAGCAGACACUCCAGCCCUCUCACUGAUUGCACAGACUGUGGAAAUUAUGGUUAAGAAUAACCUGCCCCCCUCUGGUAGUCCCACUUACAACAUGGCAACAGGCGAAGGAGGUAACCCAAUGGGACUGCCUGGGCUUACAGAGGGCAACACACCUACUGGAGGAGGACCCUCUGGGGGACCUAAUUAUGCAGGUCCAAUUACUUCCUUGUUCGGGAUAUCCCGAGGAGGGCAAAGCCAAGGAGGAGAGUGUCCAACGCAAGGAGGGGUGGCUGGCCAGCAACAACAGCAGCAACAACAGCAGCAACAACAGCCUGGCCAAGGUCACGCAGAUGACUACAACAAAGUGACCCAGAAUCCAAUUUUGACAAGUCUGUUGCAGAUAACUGGAAGUGUAGGUUCCAGUCCAAGCUCUCAAAAUGCACCACAACCCCACCAGACACCACCCCCUACAUCCUCUCCCGCCAGCAACACAAAAAAUCACCCCAUGUUGAUGAACCUGUUAAAAGACAACCCCACACAAGAUUUUGCUACACUGUACGGUUCUAGUCCAUUGGAGCGGCAGAAUUCUUCAUCUGGUUCCCCCCGGACAGAUGGUAUGAGCGGAACGUGCCCUAGUGGUUCCACAAAAGGAAAGAAGAAGCGCCCACGGGGGACAGAGAAGGGUGGCAUGUUGCCAGGAGCUGCUGCAGGUGCAGGUUUAGGAAUGAAACAGGGGUCUAUGCCACUGCACCACCAGCACCAUCAAGUCUCACACGAGGAUGAUUUUCACCGUGAGCUCCUUUCAAUGGAUGUGGAUGCAUCUCAGAAUUCUAUCUUUGAUGUUAACCUAGCUGGUGAUGGACUAGAUACACCCCACAGCAUCACUCCAGCACCCAGCCAAUGUGGAACUCCACCCUCUGGCCCCAGUCUGCCUUACUCACAGUCUCAUGUCCAGUCACAGCAGCAGCACUCACAGGGUACUGUGCCACCUCGUAUUGUCCGCCUCUCCAGCUCUGACAGCAUUGGACCUGAUAUCACAGAAAUUUUGUCAGAUUUGCCAGAGCAAACGGGGAAAGGCAGCCAUGGGCAGCACCCUAUUGGCAGUGGUGGGGAGGACGGAGGCCCGCUUGGUACUCCGAUCCGUGACUCCUCCAGCUCAGGUCAGGGCAGUGCCGUGUUCGAUUCUGCAGACAUAUUCAACACUAACAGCAAUGAGAAUCCUUUCACUGAUGCUGCCGACCUAAUUGCUGAGGCAGCUGCAACUGCCGCCACUCCCACCAGUGAUUCCUCUUCCACCAACUUCUUCCCUGAUGCGGCAGAUUUCAACCCUGACCUUCUGACAUCAGGCCAGGGCUUCUCUCAGAACUACUUUGAUGACAGCUCCCCAAGUGCAGAUGGGGAAAUGGACUUGGUCAAGAGUUUUGGGGGAAGUAGCCAGCAGAAUACUCCAUCAGGAACACCUCAGAACCCAACUCCACAUGGGCAGAGCACCCCAGAGCCCUCAAUGAAGGACCCUUUUGAUAUGGGGAUAGUCUUUGAAAGAAACAGUGGUGGUGGUGGUGGUAAACCACUUCUGGGGCAGGCUCCUGAUUUGGGAGACACACAUGGCGGAGGGUCUCAGAGUCCCCUCAUAAUGGGUCUUGGUGACUUUAAAAGUGCAGAACCCAAAGUCAAACAGCAACAGGGACUCAUACGGCCAAAGGAUGAGAAUGGAGGAAGCGGAGGGAGCAGUUCUGGGAUGGGGAGCAGUUCAUCAGAGGGCAAACAAGUCAAACGUAGCAGGACCCCUUCCAGUGAGGGAAAGUCUAAAGAAAAGCCACCCAAACGCAAAAAGCUGGACCCUGAUGGAAAGUCCCCCUCUCACAGCUCAGGGGGGCGACCAUAUACACCACCUAGUGGUGGCUCAGGCUCCGGUGGAAGCAUAAGUGGAGGAGGGUCCAAGUCUCCUGGUAGUUCAGGACGCUCACAAACUCCUCCAGGUGGUGCCACACCUCCCAUUCCCAAAAUUACUAUUCAGAUUGCAAAAGGGACUAUAACCGGGGGUAAAUCAUCAUCCCAUAGUGGGUACACCUCCAGCAGCUCAGCCACAAGCAGCACAGGAGGAGCAGGGGGGACAAGCAGCAGCAAAAGCCAUCACUCUCACUCAUCUUCCUCUGGGAAGAUCAAGUCAAAGGAUGGUUCAACAACACAAGGAGGAAGCUCCAAGCCCGGGAGUACAGGUAUGGGGGGUGGACCUUCUCAGUCUAAAGGUUCCUCCCAAGGAAUGGGUGUUGGAAAACCAGGAUCCUCCCCUAUCACCAAACAUGGGCUGUCAGGGCCUGGGGGUAGUGGAGGAGGACUUGGAAGUAAUAAAAUCAAGACUCAAGGUGGCAAACCUCCUGGUUCUCUCAUGAAUCCCAACAUAAAGCCCAACAUAUCCCCUUCCCACUCCCGCUCCAGUAGCUCUGGGGAUAAAUUGUCUUCUCCUAUGAAAAUGCAGCAGUCCCAGGUCCCAGGGACCCCUCCUUCCUCUAAGGCCAAGUCACCUAUGGGCUCUGGAGGUGGCAGCUCAGGAGGGUCAAAGUCUUCCAGUGGAGGCAUGAGCUCCCAGAAGCAGAUGGGUGGGGGCUCUUCCUCUGGUUCUACAUCUUCCUCAUCAUCCUCUAGCUCAUCGUCCUCUGGUUCCAUGACCUUCUCAGGCUCCCAAUCUCAGUAUGGUGGUGGAGGUGGAGGAGGAACGGGAGGUGGAAGUGGAGGUAGCGGAGGAGGUGGAGGAAGCGGGGGUGGAGGUAGUGGAGGGGGCAGUCAAAACAAUGCGAAUAACCCUAACGCCAAAGGGAAGUCUCCCAGUCGUAACAAAAAACCCUCUCUGACAGCAGUUAUAGACAAACUGAAGAGUGUAGGUGGAGGAGGUGUGGGGGAGGAUGGUUGUGAGGGAGGGCCACCUGUUGCUGGAUCUGGAUCUGGAUCUGCUCCUGGGAGUGGUGGUUCUGGCAAUGUUCCAGGUAGUGCACCUUCAAACAUGGGUCCGUCCAAGCAUACCUCAUCCUCCCAAAGUGGGGAGUAUAAGCGAGAGAAGUCAGAUAAAGAAGCGAAAGCAAAAGUUUCUGUUUCAGGGGGGAGCAGUGGGGAUAAAAAGAUGAUGGACUCUAAAACAGGAGGGGUGGGUUCGACCGGCCUGGCCAAAAUUAUUAUUAGCAAACCUGAUGGUGGCUCGCCAAGCAUCAAGGCAAAAGUAACCCUUCAAAAAGGAGAAGGAUCCAGCGACUCAAUGCGUCCUCAGAUUUCUAGCCUCAAAGCGUCCCCUCUCUUCAGUGGUUCUACUCCUAAGCAUGACCGUUCCUCCCCGAGCCACAGCCGCUCACCAGGAUACACCCCGCUCAACCACGACAGCGAGAGCGAGUCCGGGAGCAGCUCUGUGGCUGAGAAGUCCCACCAGAACAGCCCAAGCUCUGAUGACGACCAGGCUGUCCGCCCACUUCCCCCACAGGACUACAUGAGCUCCAUUUCCCUCAGCUCAGGGGAAAAGCACAAGAAACACAAGAAGGAGAAGAAGAAGCAGAAAGAAAGGGAGAGAGAGAGGGACAGGGAUAGAGAACGGGAAAGGGACAAAGAGAAAAAGAAGUCCUCAAUGUCCAUGGGGCAGUCCUCACAUCAGAUAAAAGCCGAAAGUUGGUCCCGGUCACCAAUAUCUGCUUCAGAUUCAUCAAUGUCCAUGUUGGGUUCAGAGCGUCCAUCCAGGCCAAGUCCUAUGUACAUGAGAAAUGAAGAUGAUGACCUCAUGGACUCUGCCCUAACUGGCAACCUGUAAUUUUAUUUCAAGAUCUUUAUCCUUUUUUUGUUUACCCAAACCAUUUUAACAUGCCUUUUAACAUAAAUAAGAAAUGUGUAUUUAUUUAACUGGAUCUGUCAUUGGAACUGGAUACAAAAAAAAUUAUGGGUAGUUUUAUCCUUGAUCUGUUUUCAUGUAUUUAAGUCAUUUUUACUAUCCUCAUCCAGUGUUGGUGGGACGGUGGAAUGACAUGAUAUCCAGUGAUUAGGAAGCCCAUUUCAUUUGACAGUAAUUGGUACUCUAUCUUACACAUUUGCCCCAGAUCAAACUUUGUUAAAGUCCAUCUAUAAUAUUUCUUAUUGAAGUAUAUUUGAGAGAAACUGACAUUUUUGUCUUUCUCAUCAUGCUAUACUUUAGUAUCAUUAAACAUUAAUCAUUUGUCAUAUAAGUUUAACAAAUAAGCUGCUGUUAUGCGAUUAUGGCUAAAAUAACCUUAAACUGUUUGUUUUCAAAAUAUGUUCAUCAUCUGUUAUACGAACAGAGUAUUGUAAAGUAAGAAGGGUUACAGUAUUUAGUUGCCUUUUUCUGAUCCAAAUGGGAAGUUUUAGAUUUUGAUACAUUUUAAACUGUUACUGUGUUAAUAGUAGUGUCGGGGAAAAGACUGAGCCCAAUGAUGAGAAUGAUGAAAGUGGGGGUAAAGUGAAAGUUGGUAAUUUUUUAACUGUUGAAGUUUUGGAAGCUUAAAGUAAACAUUUUACUUCUGAAAAAAA